CCUGCUCUUCUCUCUUCGCUGCUGCCUGCUCCUGGGCCUCCUGGCACUCAGUCCCGCUCGCGACCUCAGCAGCCUCCGCUAGCGAUCGAUCGACGACUCAAGAUUCACUCAGGAAAAAAACUAGCGAUCGAAGCGUCCCUUCUGUCCCUUCGUUUAUUCCUGCGGCGGUUAGCCUUUUCCUUCGUUUCUUCACGCGUGCGGCGGCGGCUAGGGCAGCGUGAUCAGGACUCAGGCAUCUUCAGGUUGCUGAAGAAGGCAGCGAGCGGCCAGCAGGAACGGCACCCGGCACCCGGCGGGGAAAGCGGGCAAGUUGCGUCGACGGCCGGUGAUUCCAUGAGCCCUUCACCUUCAUUGUGAGUUCUAAUUUCAAUCCUGUAUGUCUGUAUAUAGUUCUUGAGAUUGUUGAAGAAGGUAGCGAGCGGCCAGCAGGAAAGCAAGCAAGUUCUCGCCAUCUUCGAUUUGCCAAGUGUUGUUGCGUCGACGGCCGGUGAUUCCGUGAGCCCUUCACCUUUGUUGUGAGUUCUAACUUCAAUCUUGUAUAUAGUUCUGCUGAUACUUUAUAGCUAAUUUUAAUAUUUUCAUCAAUUAGGCGUCUAGCACUACAAGAUCUGAGUCAUGUCUUCACUUAGAAAACAUGAAUCUGGUUACCAAAAGCGUUUGAAGAAACAAAAAAAUCGAGGAAUUAACUCAGUCUCAGUAUGGAGAUAUGGAUAAGUUUGUUAUAAAAAAAGCACAAGUGUCCUCCAAUAAUCAAUCACUUGAUCAAGAGCAUGCACGUGACAAUAAUGUUGAAAAUGAUCCUAGCCCUAGAGAUGGCCCGACAGAGACAGAAAAUAAUGUUGCAGGUGAAGAAAAUAAUGAUAACAUCGAGGCUACUAAUGUUGAUGGCAACUUGAAUACUUCACCUAGUGCAGAUGUUGGUGAUUCUUUUCAUCUUGAUAUAUUUGAUCCAAGAAAUUGGGAUUCUCUUGAUUCUAAGCAAAUUGACAUUUUAGCAGAAAAGGGCCCUCAAAGGGACACAUCUUUUAAGAAAGGUCGUAAGGAUAAAUAUAAAAGGAGGUUUUCUGCACUAUUCUACACUAGAAUUCUAUCAAAUGGAGAGCACUGCGAUAGGGAUUGGCUUGUCUAUUCUGAGGAAUUAGAUAAAGUAUUUUGCUUCGGUUGUAAAUUAUUUGCAAAAGGGCAUCGAAAAGGUAAUUUGGCAAAUGAGGGGUACAAUGAUUGGACACAUCUUGGCACUAGACUUAAAGAGCAUGAGACAAGUGCAGAUCAUGUUUUGAAUAUGACCGUUUGGUAUGAGUUGCGUAGUAGAUUGCAAACACAUCAAACUAUUGAUAAAUCUGCGCAACGACAACUUGAGAGUGAAAAGGACCACUGGAGAAAAGUUUUGUUCAGAAUUGUUUGCAUUGUAAAAUUUCUUUCUAAGCAUAAUCUAGCAUUUCGUGGUACCAAUAGCAAAUUGUAUGAAGAUAGCAAUGGAAAUUUCUUGGGUUUGAUUGAGAUGUUUGCUGAAUUUGACCCGGUUAUUGAAGAGCAUGUUCGUCGUAUUACAAAUGAAGAAACUCAUGCACAUUAUCUUGAUCAUAAGAUUCAAAAUGAGUUGAUACAUUUGCUUACUUCUGCUAUUAAGUUUGAGAUUGUUAAGAAAAUAAAGAGUGCAAAGUAUUUCUCUGUCAUACUUGAUUGUACCCCUGAUGCAAGCCAUCAAGAACAAAUGUCUAUAAUCAUAAGAUAUGUGGAUUCAUCUUCAAGUCAUGUUUGCAUAGAAGAAUCAUUUUUAGGAUUUUUAGAUGUAAAUGAUACGACUGGGCAAGGACUGUUUGAAGUGCUAUAGAAUGAACUAAAGCUUCUUGAUCUUGAUAUAGAUGAUGUUAGAGGACAAGGUUAUGAUAACGGGUCAAAUAUGAAAGGAACACAUCAUGGAGUCUAGAGGAGACUUCUGAAUAUUAAUCCUAGAGCUUUCUAUUCUGCUUGUGGUUGUCAUAGCCUUAAUUUGACACUUUGUGAUAUGGCCAAGACUUGUGCUAAAGCUAAAGACUUCUUCAGAAUUAUCCAACGCAUAUAUACAAUUUUUGCUAAUUCUACUAAGAAGUGGCAUAUUCUGAAGGAGAACAUCAUAGGAUUAACUCCCAAGUCAGUGUCAGCUACACGUUGGGAGAGUCGUGUUGACAGUGUUAAAGCUAUUCGACUUCAAUGUGCAGACAUUCGGGAGGCCCUACUUCAGGUGGCUGAGACUGAUAAUGACAUAAAAACAAGUAGUGAGGCUAAAGGCUUGGCAAAUAAUGAACUUGGAGAGUAUGAAUUUAUAGUGGCAAUAGUAAUUUGGUAUGAGGUAUUGUAUGAUGUUAAUUUAGUAAGCAAACACUUGCAAGCAAAGGAUAUGCUUAUUGAUGUUGCUAUUGAGAAAGUGCAAGGACUGAUUACUUUCUUCAAGGGGUAUCGGGAAACUGGUUUUGUAGAAGCAUUGGAGAUGGCCAAAGGAAUUGCACUUGAGAUGGAUAUUGGUACAACAUUUCGUAAAAGACGGGAAAUUAAAACAAAGAGACAUUUUGAUGAGAACCCAGAUGACACAAAUGUUGCCACACAGUCUACAGAGGAAUCAUUCAGAGUCCACUAUUUUGUACGUAUUGUUGAUCAAGCAAUUAGCUCACUUACAACCAGAUUUGAACAAUACCAAGGUUACCAGAAAAUAUUUGGUUUCCUAUUUACCUCUGAAACAUUGCAGUCCUUGGAUAAGAAGAGCUUGAAAACUUUUUGUGAUAAUCUUGAGGUUGCUCUUAGAAAGGAUGGAAAAUCUGACAUUGAUGCCAGUGAACUGUAUGUGGAGUUGAUGUUUCUUCAAAAUUUCAUGCCAAAAGAAAAUAUUGGGCUAGUUGAAAUUUUAAAGUUCUUAAAGCGGCAUGAUUGUUUUCCCAAUGCAAGUAUUACCUAUAUAGUUCUUUUGACCAUCCCUGUGACUGUUGCAUCAGCAGAACGGAGCUUUCCAAAAUUGAAGCUAUUGAAGUCUUAUAUGCGCACUACCAUGACACAACAAAGACUUACUGAUUUGGCCACAAUAGCACUUGAGAGUGAAGUCUUGGAGAAGAUUGAUUACGAGGAUAUUAUUGAAGAUUUUAUUUCAAGAAACACUAAAAGAAUGAUGUUAUUUAAGUGAAGACUUUACAACCAUGAAUAGGUACGAUUCUUGGUAUUUUCCAUUGCUAUGUAAGAUAUUAUGAUCUGAACAUUAUUAUAGUUAUACUUGUAUAGUUUUUUAAGUGAGGGAGGGCCCAUUUUAUAGUUUCGCACCGGGCCUCAG